AAAUACCACAAACUGGUUCAGGCACUCUCAGUCUCAGGACUGACUUUGAAGUUUGACAGCUUACUUCACUUGAAGCCUCCUGUAAAACAGGGAACAUGACGUCGAUGUCAUGCAGCUCUCGUCUCAGCAAGGCCGUGCGGGAGCAGUACAUGAGCCUGCCUCAGGGAUCAAAAUGCCAGGUCACCUACAUCUGGAUUGAUGGCACCGGAGAAGGGCUUCGCAACAAGACGAGGACUCUGGAUGCAGAACCAACAAGCAUAAAAGAUAUACCUGAGUGGAACUUUGAUGGCUCAAGCACCUACCAGGCCGAAGGCUCCAACAGUGACAUGUACCUCAUCCCGGUCCGCAUGUUUAGGGAUCCGUUCACCCUCGACCCCAACAAACUGGUUCUCUGCGAGGUCCUGAAAUACAACCAUUUACCUGCUGAAACUAACCACAGAGCCAGCUGCAACAAAGUGAUGGAGAAGGUCAAAGAGCACUGUCUGUGGUUUGGGAUGGAGCAGGAGUACACGCUUUUAGGGACAGACAAACAUCCAUUUAGUUGGCCUCCAAAUGGAUUCCCAGCACCCCAAGGCCCUUACUACUGUGGGGUGGGGGCCAACUGUGCUUACGGAAGGGACAUUGUGGAGUGCCACUACAAGGCCUGCCUCUAUGCUGGGAUCAAAAUCUACGGCACCAAUGCUGAAGUUAUGCCAUCUCAGUGGGAGUUCCAGGUGGGUCCCUGCGAGGGUAUUGAGAUGGGUGACCAUUUGUGGGUUGCACGUUUCCUGUUGCAUCGCAUCUGUGAAGAUUUUGGGAUUUUAGCAACAAUGGACCCCAAACCGCUGAAGGGCUGGAACGGAGCUGGUUGCCACACAAAUGUCAGCACCAAGCAGAUGAGGGAAGAAGGAGGACUGCAGUACAUCGAGCAGGCCAUCGAGAAACUGAGCAAAAGGCACGCUGAGCACAUUCAUGUGUACGACCCUCAUGAUGGCCAGGACAACAUCAGGCGUCUCACAGGUCGCUAUGAAACCUCCAGCAUCCAUGAAUUCUCUGCCGGCGUGGCCAACCGGGGCUCCAGCAUCCGCAUCCCUCGUCAGGUGGGGCAAGAGAAGAAAGGCUACUUUGAGGACCGCCGCCCUGCAGCGAACUGUGACCCGUAUGCAGUGACGGAAGCCAUCGCCAGAACUUGCCUAUUGGAAGAAAGAGAAGGAAAAAGAGAAGCAGCCAAGUAGAAGAAAAGCGGAGCCUUUUUUAAUAAUUUAUUAUAGUAGCAAUUUAUAAAGCAAUGCACACUCAUCUGUGAGUAAACUGGACUGGUCUAUAGGGAUUUAAUACUGUACAAGAUAUAAAAUAAUAUAUUAUGAUGAUGCUACAUUGAAUUAAACCUGUACUCUAUGUGUAACUUUAGAGAAAGUCAAAUAAAGA